UCGACCCUCAUCACGGGUCAUCCUCGUCACAGUCAAGUGGCCAACAGUGCCACCGUGAACGUCGUUAACAACCACCGCAGUUAUUAGCCUGUGUAUUAACUUGGAACAGUUUUUCGAGAAAAAAAGGAAGCGUCACGUUGUCGUCGGCCGAUACCAACCUUCGUAGAAUAUGCCACAUACCGGACAAGCGGGAGUAAAUCAACUGGGAGGUGUAUUCGUCAACGGGAGACCGCUACCAGACUGCGUAAGAAGACGAAUCGUGGAACUUGCCUUGCUUGGAGUACGUCCGUGUGAUAUAUCUCGACAACUUUUAGUAUCUCACGGUUGCGUUUCGAAAAUUUUAACACGUUUUUACGAGACUGGUUCUAUAAGGCCAGGAUCUAUCGGCGGAUCUAAAACAAAGCAAGUAGCGACGCCGACGGUUGUGAAAAAGAUCUUAAAAUUCAAGCAAGAGAAUCCUGGAAUGUUCGCGUGGGAAAUUCGGGAGCAGCUCGUCGCUCAAAGGGUAUGCGAACCGCAUAGCAUUCCGUCAGUCAGUUCCGUUAAUCGGAUCCUUCGGAACAGUGGAGCGUGGCCCGAUCCUCCGGAGCUUCUUCAUCAUUCCCGAUCGGCACAUCCAGAAGCAGUAAUGGUAAACGACAUAUACACAAAACAAGUAUCCGCGCUCAACUCUCGACUGUCAUACUUUCCAUCUCUAUCAGAUCCAUCCUACACCAGCAAUCGUUUAGCAGCCCUCCAACAGCAACUCCACGUGUCGACAAACUCAAAUACGUUCGACCAGCACUCGACGAGCUCGUGGACUUCCCUAGUCGUACCCUACCACUCUUCGACGUCAGGAAACGUACCACACAUGUCCACCAGCGAAGAAAACACAAGACCUUCAGACCAUCCGAAGCCGCUAGUGAAAAAGAGAAAUCCGUAUUCAAUAGAGGAACUGUUGAAGAAGCCCGACAAAAAAGAAAAGACUUUUAAAGAUGUUUUCCUGUGUAGCACCAUUCACCAACCGUUCGGUGCUAUCAUACAAAAUGACGUUCAGUGUGAAGAUAAAAGUACGAUAUCUCACGAAACGUUGGAUCUAUAACUUUGUAUCUCAAUUAUUUAUUUUAUUUAAUUAAGUUAUUUAAAUGUGAAUAUAGGAAACUUGAAAUGCCAUAAUUUGAUGUUACUUAAUUAUAGUGUACAUACUGUAGCUAAUUAAAGUCGUAACUUAUU